UGGGCGGGGCUUGGGGAGAGUGGAGCCAAUGGGGGCCUUGCGGGGUCACGUGUCGAGGGAAAGGAUCGACUUCCGUCCGAAGCCGGAAGCGGAAGUGCGAUAACCCCGCCCCUUCCGUGGAGCCACCCGGAAGUCCGUGUCCGGGAGAGGGAACGGAAGUUGGGGAGUGUCCCGGUUUGCCGCCAUGUCCAGUGGACGGCGCCUGGAGCCCGUGGGCGGAGCUUACACCGUGUCACGUGACCUGCGGCCUGGGCGUGGUCACGUGGAAACGCUCCUGCGACGCCCCGCCCCCCCAACAUGGCGGCCGCGGUUGCCAUGGCAACAGCACCAAG